AUGAUGGCCACGCUGAUAUUCCUAGUCGAGACGCAAUUAUUUGGCUCAGCACAAAAUUGUGGGUGCGCGGAAGGAGUGUGCUGCAGCAAAUGGGGCUACUGCGGAACAACUCAAGCAUAUUGUGGAGAUGGUUGUCAGCAGGGCCCAUGUACUUCUAAUCCUACGCCUUCGCCUUCUCCCUCCGGAUCCAUUGAAUCCAUUAUCACCCAAGACUUCUUUAACCAGAUUAAAUCAGGAAUUUCUGCUUCUUGUGUGGGAAACAACUUCUACACAUACGAUGGCUUUAUAAGCGCAGCCGAAGCUAGCGAUUUCGCCGGUUUUGGCACCACCGGAAGUCUUGAAGUUCGCAAGCAAGAGCUCGCUGCUUUCUUUGCCAACGUCGCCCAUGAGACUGGAGAUUUAUGCUUUGUGGAAGAGACUUUAAAAGCCACGUAUUGCUCCUCUUCCACACAAUAUCCUUGCGCGAGUGGAAAGCAAUACUACGGACGGGGCCCUCUUCAGCUGACAGGGAAUGACAACUACGGAGCUGCCGGAAAGUAUAUGGGACUUCCGCUGCUGAAUAAUCCAGAUUUUGUUGCCCAAAAGCCAGAUGUUGCGUUCAAGACUUCACUCUGGUUUUGGAUGAUCAACACCGACUGUCACAUCGACAUGACCUCCACCGGCGGAAAAGGAUUUAACGGCACGAUCAGAGCCAUCAACGGCGGAGAAUGCGGUGGUGGAAAUCCAUCGGCGGUGAAGAGUCGAGUGAGUUCGUAUCAGAAAUUCUGUGGAUGGUUGGGUGUUUCCACCGGUCCUAACCUCUCAUGUUAGUAGUAAAGAAUUAAAUAAACGCUGUGAGCGCAAUUCUCUUCAUGUAAAAAUUAUCUGGAUGGCUG